AGUUGAGCUCAGAUCAGGUGAAGAUGAAGCAGAAGAUGAAGCUGCUGCUGCUCUGCGUCCUGCUCUGUGUUUCUGCUGAUGUGCAACAUGACAGUUUCCGGGUCAUUGCAUGUUCAGACACGGAUGGAUUCAACAUGAUGACUCUGGAUGGGGAAGAGGCUUGGCACGCUGACUUCAUUCAUGAGACAGGAGUUGAUACCCUGCCGGACUUUGUCAGCUCCAAGUUUUCUGUGGGGCAACAACAAGUUUGCAAAAGUAACCUGAAGAUUAUCCGUAUUGGUCUGAAGGACAUCCCUGAUCCACUUGAUCCUCCAACCAGCCUGCUCUACACGGCUAACGUUGUGGAGCUGGGAGAGAAGAACAUCCUGGUCUGUCACGUCUCUGGUUUCUAUCCGGCUCCGGUCAACGUCUCCUGGACCAGAAACGGAGACAAAGUGACUGAAGGAACCAGCAUCAACGUUCCUUUUCCCAACGAAGACAACACCUUCACCCAGAUCUCCAGGCUGCACUUUGUCCCUCAGCUGGGAGACAUUUACAGCUGUUCAGUGGAACAUCUGGCCCUGAAAGAACCACUGACCAGAAUCUGGGAUGUUGAAGUGCAAGUGGCUCCGCCUGGCGUUGGACCCGCCGUGUUCUGUGGAGUCGGUCUCAUCGUGGGUCUGCUUGGGGUGGCGGUCGGGACUUUCUUCCUCGUUAGGGGGACAGAGAGCUGAUUGGCACCAUGUUACUGAUCUUUACCAGACAUAUUAUCUGAAGCUCAUAUUCAUUCCUCUGGAUUGUUUCACAUUUUCACGCUGAUGUUUCCCUAAAAACUGAAUUUCUGCUCCUCAGUUUGUUCUGCUCAGAAUCAACCAAGCUGUCACUUUAUACACAGUUUAGGAAACAUGUACUAAUUAUUCUGUUGCAUUUGAACCUGAAAUGGUUUGUAGUUCUUGGUAAUGAAACUUUAGACAGUAGAGCAGAAACUGCAGCAUCUAUCAAUGCUGCAGUUACAUCUUUCUUUACGAUUCAUUUCUGACUCAACAGGUUUGUGUAGAUCAAUGAGGAAAGAGCAGUUUGUUCUUUUCAGACCCGAUCAGAUCCCAGAGUUUUUCCUUCCACCUUACUUUAAAAAAAACUUCUUGAGUUUUUUAAGUGUGUGUAAAAAGUUACGCUUUCAUUCCUAUAACAUGAUGGUUUUCAUUGAACUCUGUAUUGAUCGUUGGUUUUCUGUUUCUGGGUUCAGAUCUCCUCUCAGGUUUUUAUCAGUGGAACAUCUUCAUGUCUCAACCUGCUGGUGAAGCAAACAGAUUCACAUUUUUCUGAUGCUUAAUGUGUCUAAAAUAAAGAUCUGAUUCCUGGACUUUAA